CAACAGAAUCAAGAUGGCGGCGCCCAGUAACGCUGAUCAUUCGCCCGAAAUAUCAAUGCCAUUAAAGAUACCCAAAACCGAAGUUCCCUCUCCCGAGUCGGGGGAUCUGAGCGACAGCAACCAAUACCAUUCCAACCCGUCGACCCCGAACCGUUUUUCCCCGCUCAAUGUGGGGAUAUCGGGUUCGGGCAGCGCAGGCCGUGGCAGUUCGGCCUCGGCUUCCAAUAGCUUUCCCGCCUGCCGCGGCAUGUCGUGGACCCCUUCCGAAACCAACGCGCUGAUCGCCGUGUGGGGCAACGAGCGGCUGGCGGAGGCGCGGAUGCAGCAGCUGGAGGGCGCCGGCACGGUGUUCUCCGGGAAGGCGCCCGGGCCGGCCAUGUACGAGCGGGUCUCCAGGGCCCUGGCGGAGCUGGGCUACGAGAGGACCCCCUCGCAGUGCAGGGAGAGGAUCAAGACGCUGCGGCGGUGCUACAGCCGGGUGAAGGAGCACGGCGUGGGGAAGAGGAAGAGCAGCUACUCCAUCGAGCAGCUGGAGAAGGUGUUCGGCCAGGGGGGCUGGGACUCCCAGACCUGCCAGCCGGUGCUCAUCAACAGCAGCGGGCUGUACCAGGAGAUGGAGUCCGACGGCAGCACCAUGGAGGACUACUCCCAGGAGGACUGGGGCAACCAGGACCUCGCGGCUUUCCAGGAAGGAGAGACCGAGGCCGAGGAAGUGACGUUUUCUAAGAAGAGAACACUACAGCUAAGGCAGGAAUCCUCAGAAGAACUCCAGAGGCAGGAAGUGAUGCAGAAUGUGAUGCGCAUCCUGGAGUCCGUGCAGAUCAAAUGGGAGCACUUCCAGACGUGGACGGAUUUCUCCCGGCUGCACCUCUCCAACAAGCUGGCCAUCUUUGGGGUGGGCUACAACACGCGCUGGCGGGAGGAGAUCCGCUACCACUACGCCGAGAUCAGCUCCCAGGUGCCCCUCGGGAAACGCCUGCGGGAGUAUUUCAACCCCGAGAAGACGGAGGGGCGGGUCAUCAUGACCAAAGUGCAGAAAAUGAACUGGAAAAACGUUUACUACAAAUUCUUGGACAUCACCAUAAGCGAGGCCCGUUGCCUGGAACUGCACAUGGAGGUGGACUGGAUACCCAUUGCACAGUCCCGGGCAGCGGGGGGCGGGAACGGAGCACAGUACCUUUUGCCGGGAGGCAUCCCCAAAACCCACGGGCUCUACGCUAUAGGCUACGAGGAGGUGGACCCGAGCUCGACGUCCAAAUCGGGAGACAACGACGGCGGCGGCGAUGACGACGACGACGACGACAACGACGAGGCCUCCUCCUCCCCAGAUCCGGGCGAGCCUGACAAAAGCUCGGAGAAGUCCGAGCCGCAGGAGCCGGAAGAGGAGACGUCUCCCAAAGUGACUUACUGCUACCUCGGCAUUGCCGAGGACAGGACUCUACAGCAGUGCUUGUUUCAGCACUUCCAGAGUUCGGGCAAGUACUACAGCAGGGGGGAGUCGUCGGCCGUCACGAAGUUCCUCCUUUCGAACUGCAGCGGGGGCUCCCCCCGCCUGGCUAUUUAUAUUAAAUUUAUCGAGGUGGAGCUGGACUUCCUCUCUGCGGGCUCUUUGGUUGAGUGCUUAGAAAUUGCCGUUGGCUAUUCUUUAAAGUUUAACAAAAAGGAGACACUUUAAAUCCCCGGCCUGUUUUUUUUGUUGUUGUUGUUGUUGUUUUUUUUUUUUCCCAGUGACUUGAGGAUGUAAACGAACCAUGAUGGGCCUCUUUCUAUUCUUCACCCCCCUUUGCAGCUACUUCCAUCACGUUGUCAGGGAGGUGGUGUGUGUUUCUCUAAAGAAGGGGCGAGUUGAGGAAAGUGGGGCUGUUCCCACUACAUGGAGGGUGACCCUUCAGCCAGUCCUAAAAAACUGCCUUUUCUUUUCUUUGAAGCUAAGCUUCACCUCACGUGCCAGCAAAGAUCCCAAGGUAAAGGAGAGGCAAAAAAGCAAGACCACCGUAACUGAACAAGUGGAGGGAUAUACAGUAUAGUGAUAUAUAUAUAAAAUAUAUAUUGAAAUCUCAAGCCUUGAAAUUGUGUGAACAUUCCAGCAUUUCCAGACAUGUCAUUUUGAUAAACUGUAAUAAAAUCUUUUUUUAUUUUUUUUAAGCACAGUAUCUUAUUUUAGUAUUGUCUUUUCCAAGCCGCCUUCUUGUAUUUGUUUACAUUGUCGAUGUCACAAUAAAUGAGCAACCGACCGUGGUGGGUGCGAGUUAUGCGUUGCACGUCGGCCGGCCGGCGGCGAGCUUUCUGUGACGUGGCAGCUCUGGAAGAGAAGGAGCACCGCUCGGCCUCCCCCAGGGUCGUGACGAUGUGUCCGGCGGGUCGUAAAUACAGGCAACCUGAUUAUUUUUGGGUCGAAACUGUUAGGAGAUGCUCCCCAUAGUCGUGCUGUUUUAGAGAUGCUUUGUCUUAUUUUUUUUUCAGUCCAGUACAACAUUGCUGGCUUUUUCUAGAUAUAAUGUAGGGAAAUAGAUUAGUCUUCCAUACAGUCGGUUAAUUCUUUUCACCUUUUAGGAACAGCAGACUUGCAAUUUUUUUGCCCUUUUAAGUUCUGUUUUGAGUAAACAUCCGUAGGCAUUUCCGAUACACCUUUAGUGGUUUGUCAGUACAGGAUGCAAGCUGGCAGAAAUUAAAAUCUGAACCCUUCGGCUGUUUGGUGGACACUAUUUUCCCCGUUUCCUUGGGGUUUCGCAGUUCAUCACCACGUGGCAUAGCAGUCCUUUUUUUCUGAAAGGAUCACGCUGAUCAUGGACACGUGCAGCGUGUUUCUGUGUUCUUUUCAUGAUUCAUUUCCUGCAGUUCUGACCAAGCUGGCUAGACCAUUCACAAAUGAUGGAGAGAAACUUCUGAUUCUGCUAGAAACGGCACGAUUUGGCUCAGCGUGCAGUCCAAGCUGAUGCAGGAUUGUCAAGAUGUGGGGAAAAAACUAUUUGAAAGAACCUUGUUUUGUAUUCGGGGUAUAUGGGUUUUUAUUUUCCGGCUUCAGUAAUGCGGAGCCUGUGUAUGUGCACAGCUGAAAAAUGUACAAUCUUUCUUUCGUACAUGAUUUUAUGUCUCCGGGUAGACUCAAUCCAGAUUCUAUCCUCUGUCAUGAAGAAGAAUGCUAAGUGCCAUUAUAAUAAAGCUUCUAAGGGUUGUUCCACACCAUUUUCAUAAAUGAUUUGUGAUGCAUAGCAUAGAGCCGUAACUUUAAGGUGGUAAAGGUAUGAAGAAAUGAAUUCAUUGCCAAUUGAUAGAUUUGUCUAGCUUUCUGCUAACCUUGUUGCUUCCCAGGCUGGUUACCAGGAUGUUCAAAAUAUUUUAAGUUGGUGAGCAUUUCUUUUUCCCCAUUGUUAGUACAACAAAGUUCCAAAGCAGUACUGAGCUGUGGCGAUUAUCUGAAAAAUAUUUCCUGCUGGUCUUACGACUUUUCAGGUUAAGAAUGGCCACUUGAAACGUGGUUUUGGUUUGGAGUUUUGAGCUCUUUCGCUGAAUGCGCUGGACACAGAUCUGAGCUUCAGAAGAGUGGGUCCUUGUUAAAUCGGAUUGUGUAUAGGUUAGUGUACGUGGGACCCUACAGGUGUAUGUACAGUAUGUUGCCCACACUGCAUGGUUGUGGAUGUUGUUUUAAUGACAUAGUGUUGAUGUUUUGGCCACCUGCACUGUCCAUCCAAUCUUGAGCAGUGGCUGAAGCAGUUAUUGGAAUGAUGGGCAACGCUCUAGGCCUUAAACUCUUUUUCAUAAACGUUAUGAACACCGAAUCAGGCCUUAAUGACUGACACACCAGUGCCCUCUACUGAUAAGGACCGCAGCUGCACCCAUCCACUGUUGAUGCUAACCUGCUAGGUAGUAUUUUCAUUUGGAUAUUUCUUUUUACAAAAUAGUCUUAAAGUUAUCCAAAUGCUCUUUGUUAAAUAUCUGCUCAAAGCUAAAUACACCUUUCUUAUGCAGCCACAGGUAAAUUAUCCAUUCCAUCAAUACCAGAUAAAAGUUAUGUAAAUGUGGCCUGUAGGUUUUUUGUUGAUUUGUAGGUUUUUUUGUCGUGAAAUGCACAACAAUGCCCAAGAUUGCACUCUUUUCAGAAAAUACAUUCUUUAGAAACUUCCAAAAUAGGUUUUGGGAGUUUCAUGUUUUGAGGACUUAAGAAGAGCUGACUGAGCUGCUAGACCUGACUGGCUGAGUUUUGGAUUCCUGCUAAGAAUGAAAAGCUUUCGGAGUCAAUUGAGUUUCAAGAUCCGCAGCUUCUUCCCAUUUCAAAAUUAUUGCAUUGUAAUAAUGAGAAAUGAGACUGUUUUUCUCAUUUUAUUUGCUAAUGGGAGGUCCAGGCACGAAGAGAUUAACGAGGUGGGUGCUUUAACAACCCCUCAUGCUUUUUGGCUGAGAAAAUCGUGGAAAAUCAAAUUCUUUGUUUUCGAACCAACCUGUAACUUACUUUGAGAGCAUGAAUUAGAAACCAAAAACACUAGAUUUAAACCGCAAUAUCAAUUAUACGGAGGCUUCUCGGCUGCAGGUGAAACACACCAAAUUUGAACCCUCUUAAGAAAGAGUGAAAGGAAAUCAUCCUAGUACUUUCCUUCCCCUUUCUUGGGGAGCAUACAUUUUCUUUUUACUGUGAAAUUAAUGUCCUUGGUUCCUAAAGAGCUGGUUUCUAAAUCAGAUAAAAGAUGUUAAGUUUCUUCAGCGAAAAUGUCUGCCAGGCUUAACAGUGUGGUAAAUGCCAAAAAACAAAAUACUUUAUUUUUGGGAGGUUUUUUCAUACAUGUAAGUACAGCAUUGCAAGAUUGUGCAACUGCUGUAAAAUUGUUGCCUGAUGUUGAAAUGGACUGUUUGAAGCUGUCGGGAUGUUUGUAACUGAUGAAACCGCUCACGGUUUUUAAAAGAUAUUGUCUUUACACUUAUAAUUUGAAAGGUAGAAGAAACUUAAAAAAAAAACCAAAUUACAUUACAGAAUGACAUGACUGGAUCUCUUGCCAUGUCUCACAAAGUGUUAUUGUCCUAACAAGCGAUUUGUUCUGGACAUUGUCCUGCAGUAUUGGGGAAAAAUGAGGGGAAGGCAUAGAAUGUUAAUAUAAUUUACUUGGUAGUUCCUUUUGAGUGCAGAAAAGUCCUGUCCUUUAUUUAUUUUUCGAUAGUCUGUGAAAAUAUUCACAGGUAAAGUGCAUAACACUUAAAUCCACUGAAGUUAACUAAAACACUCUUACAUAUAUGAAAAUGACCCUUUUUGUUGGUUUGGAUUUUUUUUCAUUUUCUCAAUGGUUGUUGAAGUCUUAUAAGCAGAAAACCCAUAUUCAACAGUUAUUUAAGACAUUUUAUAGUGUCAUUUUUUAAUGUAAGAAAUAAAUCUGUAGCAUUUAUUAAAAC